GCUGUCUCAAAAUUUAGGACUCUCGACAAACGGCUAGCUACCAGUCUUCGGAGAGAAUUAAGUACGCAAGAUGAUCAUAUUCUGUUGGUCGCUUGUCCUCUUACAACCGCUCACUACGACAAUAUUUACAUCAGCUGCAGUUCAAAAUGAUCGUCAAAGUAAGGUGCUUAUCCUUGGUGCUGGAAUGGCAGGGAUCAAAGCCGCCGAAGUCCUUCAAUCUCAUGGCAUCGACGAUUUUAUCAUUUUGGAAGGAAGCAACCGCAUCGGAGGCAGACUGCUUUCUGCCACGUUAAACAGUGGACACUCAGUCAACGUCGGUCCGCAAACAGUAAACUCAGGUGCAAACUGGGUACAAGGAACUACAGGAGUCCGUGGGAUUAAUCCUGUGUGGACAUUGGCUAAAACUUGCAAUUUAUCGACAGUAACAACGUCAUUUGAUGACACAUUGUAUUAUCUUAAAGACAGUAACGUGACCAUUAACGACAGCGCGGAAAUCGUUGAUGAAGCAUGGACUCUAUUGGAGAAAGCUCAAGAACAAGUAAAUCAGAAAAUUGAAAACGGCGAAUACCCUGCUUCAUACUCACUUCGUACCGCAUUGUCUGAAGCAGGCUGGCAUUCAAAUACAUCCCUAAAAACCGCGAUUGAGUACUUAGAGUACGAUUUCGAGUACGCUGAAGCACCCGACGAUACAUCAGCGAGAACCGCAUUAGACUACUCAUACUAUUACAGCGAUGUCGAAGAAAUGGUGGUGGAUCAAAGAGGAUUUGCGCACGUGAUUGACUGUAUGGCUCAGAAAUUUCUAUCUCAAAGCGACACGGGAAAAUAUAAUGACACCAGACUGAAACUAAAUGCUAAAGUGAAGGAAAUUGAUUAUACUGGAACUACUUUUCGAGUCACAACAACAAAUAACGAUGUCUACGUCAGCGAUUACGUCAUCUGUACUUUCAGUGUUGGCGUUUUACAGAGUGGAGACGUCACUUUUCGUCCUUCUCUUCCAGCACAGAAAUUAGCUGCUAUUAAAAAUACCCACAUGGCUGUCUACACUAACAUUUUCUUAAAGUUUGACAGGAAAUUCUGGUCUUAUGACAGCCAUUUCCUUUUGUAUGUGUCUGACGUGCGUGGCUAUUAUACAGUGCACAUUAACAUUGCUGCCUACCAUAACAACGACCCCAACUGGAAUGUCCUACUCAUCACUGCUCUAGACGAUUUAUCUAAAAAAGUCGAGAGUCAAACAGAAAACGAGACUGUAAGUGAGAUCAUGGAGAUUUUAAGAAAGAUCUAUGGAUCUCACAUUCCAGAUCCCAUAGAUGUAGUCAUUCCCAUCUGGUUCAAUAAUCCUCUCUUUUACGGUUCUUAUUCUAACUUGGCCCCCAACUUUACUUCAGAAGAUUUUGAAAACAUGGGUGCAUCUGUUGAUGGGCGCUUGUAUUUUGCUGGAGAAGCGACAGCCAACAUUUCAAACGGCUACGUGCAGUCUGCUUAUGUUACUGGUGAAGCAACAAGUCUUUGUGUGAUCGGAGUUGAGACAAACAAUAACCGCUUGAAAGACAACUGUCUUGGUAACUUGCAGUCUACUUCCGGUGGUCCGUCGGUUCUUAGCCUGAACAAUGUUUUGCUCAUAAUCAUCACUCUAAUCACCACCCACACAGCGUUACAAUAAACUGUAAUAUGCUGAUGGUGUUCUUACAUUAUCAUGUUGCCAUUGUGUAGGCACUCAGUUUGCAGCUGUGAUAUCUACUAGUAGCUAGUCUGUAUUAGCUAGUCUGUAUUAGCUAGUCUGUAUUAGCUAGUCUGUAUUAGCUAGUCUGUAUUAGCUAGUCUGCAUAGCAUUGCUGCAAGCAUGUGGAAUUGGUCAUGACUGUCGUCCCUAAAGACUUAGGUAGUCUGUAGAGUUGCUGCAUAUGCAAUUGUUGAUGAUCUAGUUGGUCAGCUGUUGCCAUUUUUGUUGUAAUGAAGUCAUUUUGUGUCACAAUAUAUUAAUAACAAGGUCGUUUUGGAAAACUACAUCUCUGUGAACCACUAAUAACAAACACACCAGCAAGACGCAUGCUUGUAGGCUGAGUUUG